GAAACCAAUAACAAUACGCUUGCUGUCACCGACUAAGCAUCCCCACCGCCUCUGAUCUUCAUUUCAACAUAUCUUCCACCGCACUUUGUCAUACGUUCCUCCAAACCCCUUCUCACCCCCCUUCUCCCUUCUUUCCUGCACCGCCUCCAGACCCUUCCCCACCGCCUCCAUUAAUCGACUUCUACCUUCCACUUCCUUCCACACUCCAAAGCUCUUCCAAACCAGUGAACCACCGCCUAGAGUGACCGCCUCAUCUUUGAAUUCUGUCUUCUUCAAAGAUCUUCCCCCCAUCAGCCACCACAUUCCCCACCCCACCUCCACCUGUCUAUUUACCUCUAUAAAACUAUAUAUAUGCUGCUUCUUGAAGCCGUGGAAAAUAAUGGCGUCCGUUUUCCCCUUUUGCCAUUGGGAUCCUUUGUCCGACUGCUUCCCUGUUUCCAUUCCUGACUCCGAUUCGCAUCUCUGGUGAAGUGGUCAAUUUAUAGGGAGCUUCUCCCCCAAUUUCGCCUGCACCAGAAGGUAAGACGAACCAUGGUUUUGCCAGAGUGCAUCCAUUUCGGUGGCAUCUUCCCCAUAAUCGUAACUCAUCUCUUCUCCUGUACGUUGGAACAGAGCCUAAGUUGGGGUUUGAUUUGGAAUUUUGACAAAGCUACGUCUUUAUUUCAAUAGGAUUUAUUUUUUCUAUUUGGGUUUGCUUUAGACUUCCAUCUUCACCAGUCGUAUAAUUUUUUUUGGUCUUUGAUUUGGGUUUCCACAUUCUCUGGUCCAACAUUAGUUACAAAGUUCUUCAAAAUUCGGUAGUGUGUUCGAUUUUGCCCUUCACCACCGUCAUCACCUUCAUUACCCACUGAGCAUACAUGCCUCUAUCCAUCGUUGCCUGGGUUGGUCCUCAACAGUCAGCACACAUACACGCAAAAUGCCCACAUAUUUCAGAAGCAGCUAAUAAGAUAGGUGGAACUUCAAGCGGAUAUGAUGCAGAAAGUUGCACUGGAUCAAAGAGGCAACGGCUGCAUGCGGAUCCCACGAAGAAAACUCAUUGCACAUGUACCGGAGUUUAUAUAAUGAUAGAGAAGGAUGUUGAUUAUAUGGUCCACUUUUUUAACAGUCUCAGAUGACAUUUAAGCUUGGCAAACUGGCCUCUUUGGAGGUUGUCGCUUUUCUUCUACAUGGCUCAAAGUAAGAGACUUAAACGAACUAAGAGUUGUCAUCGGCAUCAAAGGAGGUGAAGUAGUUAUGAAAGCAGAUGGUCCCCCCAUUCACCAUACUCAUUAAGAUGGUUCUCUUAGGGUCUUUCUUCUUUUUUUUCUAUCAAGGAAAAAUUUGUAAAAAGUCAGAUGGAAAUUGUAGGAUACAAUGACUAGAAAAUCUGCAGAUCUAGAAGAAGAGCUUCGUUGGACCGCUUAAAUAGUUGGUGGUUAUGUUGAAGCAGUUUUCAACAGCCUUGCAGCAAAUUUCCCAAAGGUUGGGUUUCUAAAUGAAAAGCCUCUCCAGAUAGCUGCAUUAAUAAGGAGCUUGGUUAUGAAAUAGAAGCACUUGAAGUUCGGAGUAACAGAAAGCACACUAAUUCUUGGAUUUAAUUUAUCGUUGUUCUUCAAAAUUUCCAAAGUUGUAUUUCAAUUUGUUUGAUAGACAAAAACAAAAGUAGGAUGUUAUAGUCAACAAAUAAACUAAAGUAGUUUGUUA